AAAAAACAACUCACCGCCCAUCGAGUCCCAGGUCACUCUCCACCCCUGCUCCGCCUUCGCUCCGCUCCGCCCGCCGCUCCGCCCGCCGACACGCCAAUCACUUUAUAUUCAGCACCACUUUGCGACUUAGUAUGCUUAGCCGCUUUAGCUACGGCUUUUAUAAAAUAAAAGCUCCUCCCCAUGUUUCCAUUCCAUCAUUCUUUGUCGGAUAAUGGCCGACAUCCUUAUCACCUGCACCCUUCAGAUAGCUUUGCUUAGAGGCAAUAUUUACUUCAGCAAUGCUGGGCGCGCCUCUACCAUAUUUCCCGAGAAGUAUAUAAGGUAUCAGUUCUUUUUGCAAUAGUUGACCAGAUGGCCACAAGGACUUCCUCUGUUUUCAUGUCGUUGGAGCCGACCCCAGUUGCAGCAACAAGGCUGGCAGGCAACUUGCGGCUCAAGUGCUCGGAUGUUCGCGCCGCACCGAUAAAACACGCCACUGUGGGGCCUAGAUAUUGGAGCCCUCUUCUCGACCCAGCCCAGUUCUACAGAAACUCAGGACAAUGUCGGCACCAACUCAGGAUGGGAUUCGGAUCGCCUGUACGCCUUGCCAUCGCAAGAAAAUUACUUGCAAUAAGGAGUUACCAUGCGCCAGAUGCACUCGCCUGAAGUUGGCAUGUGAUGAACGGUAUUCCGGCAGAUACAAAGCCCGCUCAACCCCCCACACCAAGUCUCCUGAAGCCGCGUCAAGGACCGAAAUUUCCCUGCGCAGUGCUCAGUCGCAAAGCGGUACCCCGGGUGACGACGAAGGAGCUACCUCAGUGUCCAACGAUCGAGCAGCGGAUUCGCCUACACCCAGCGAGGAUUUGGAGCCGCGCCCACAUAAACGAAGGCUGGUAGGACUGCGCGACUUGCUCAACGCCGACGAAACCCUCCCUACGUUCGACGCUGUACCCCCAUUAGUUCACGAACCCUGGGACCCCAGGUUCUAUCGGUUCUGGUAUCCCUGGAGGAAGCUUGCUAGUUAUCUCGAAGUGUCGGCCCCCGAAGUGCUCGAAUUUACAUACAAUGGAGGGUACUUGACGUCAAACUCCGUACUCCAUGUCGGGCUGCAGCUUCAGAUCCGUUCCGAGCGAUACCCAGACGCAUCCAAGGUCUGGAUCGAACGGCCGAAACUCCUUACUUCAAUAACGCGACAUCUAGAGGUCUCAGGAACUUGGAACUGUGGUUUGAUUGGCGCCGAUUCCUCACCAAAAGGUGUCAUGGUAUCGUGUGUCGCAGUACUUCCAGGGAAUGACGGUGUGGUUCUGCCAACAACUCUCGGAGAGAUAGUGAUAAGGUGGCAGCAGCUAUCAAGUCUUCUUUUGUUCCGUCAGUGGGGGUGCUUCUAUAGCACGAGGCUAGGACCGGCGAUGACCGCUUUAUAACCCAGCUUUUGCACUAUAAAUC